UUUCUAAGAAUUAAAAAAAAAAUGAAUAUUUUCAAAUAACCCUUACAACUUGCAGGUUUUGUUCAUCUGUUUUGUAUCAGAGUAAUUUUGUCUGUAACACUGUAGCAGCUGGGACAGGAACAGUUUGAGUUGUUUUUUUUGUUUCAUUUUGUUUUGUUUCAGGAAAUGGUCACAGCUGGUGCUGAGAAUUCAUACUCGCUUCCUUCCCUUUACUCACUAGAUUUCUGCUGUUUUUGAGCUCCUCCUCAUCCGGCCCCUUCCCCUCUUUUCUUCCUCUUCUGAGGGUCUUCAGAGCAGUAGUUCCUUCUCUCACCUCUGCAUUUAACAAUGAAGCUGUGUGCAUGUGGCGGCGAAGCUGACAGAUGGUUCUUUCAUUACCAGGCUGCUUUGGGUUAAUUGAGCUCAAUGUUAUUUCUUUCAAGGAGACUGAGCCGGAUCUUUUGGAAAACCAGUCAUGAAUAACAGUAAUCCCUUGCAAGCAAAGAGGCAGCGCAGUUUUCAGCCUUGGAUCAUUUCCAGUAGAGAAGCCCCCGCAUUGAGCAGACAGUAUCUCCUGUUACUGCGUUCUUCACCUUCAGGGACAGAGGGCGUUUGGGAAGAAGCUUUCUUCAAGUGCAGGCCAGCUAGCCAUGAGAGGGUACCUUGUGGCCAUAUUUCUGAGUGCUGUAUUCCUCUAUUACGUGCUGCACUGUAUAUUAUGGGGAACAAACGCCUACUGGGUUCCACCUGUGGAAAUGAAGCGGCGAAAUAAGAUCCAGCCUUGUUUAUCAAAGCCAGCUUUUGCCUCUCUCCUGAGGUUUCAUCAGUUUCACCCUUUUCUGUGUGCUGCUGAUUUUAGAAAGAUUGCUUCCAUGUACGGUAGCGAUAAGUUUGAUUUGCCCUAUGGGAUAAGAACAACAGCGGAAUAUUUUCGACUUGCUCUUUCAAAACUGCAGAGUUGUGAUCUCUUUGAUGAGUUUGACAAUGUGCCAUGUAAAAAGUGUGUGGUGGUUGGUAAUGGAGGCAUUUUGAAGAAUAAGACAUUAGGAGAAAAAAUCGACUCCUAUGAUGUAAUAAUAAGAAUGAAUAAUGGCCCUGUUUUAGGGCACGAAGAAGAAGUUGGGAGAAGAACAACCUUCCGACUUUUUUAUCCAGAAUCUGUUUUUUCAGAUCCCAGUCACAACGAUCCCAAUACAACCGCGAUUCUCACUGUUUUUAAGCCACUUGACUUAAAGUGGCUGCUGGCAUUGGUGACAGGUGGCAAAAUAGACACUAACGGCUUUUGGAAGGAACCAGCAUUAAACUUGAUCUAUAAACCUUAUCAAAUCAGAAUAUUGGAUCCUUUCAUUAUCAGAACAGCAGCGUAUGAACUGCUUCAUUUUCCAAAAGUGUUUCCCAAAAAUCAGAAACCCAAACACCCAACUACAGGAAUUAUUGCCAUCACAUUGGCAUUCCACAUAUGUCAUGAAGUUCACCUAGCUGGUUUUAAAUACAACUUCUCUGACCUCAAAAGUCCUUUGCACUACUAUGGGAACGCCACCAUGUCUUUGAUGAAUAAGAGUGCCUACCACAAUGUGACUGCAGAGCAGCUCUUUUUGAAGGACAUUAUAGAAAAAAACUUUGUAAUCAACUUGACUCAAGAUUGACCCUACGGACCCAGAAGAUGAUGCUAACAGUAUUAGUUUUAUUUUUAUACUGCGAUUUUGUUUAUUUUUAAAUAUGUUGAACGCACUUGUCAAUUAUGUAUAUCAAGUCAUGUUGCCUGGUGAUUCAUAACCACCAGCUUAAUUUCUGUGAAUAUAUUUAUGAAAACCAAGAAAUAUUUAGUUAAGGUAUCAGGGAACUGAGUUUUGACUGCAAUGAGUUUUUAAAA